CAUCUGAUAUAACGAAUCUCAGCGGGUGCGUUUGGUGGGGCCAUUGCUUUUGGCAUCGGGCAUAUGGACGGCGUACAGGGUCUGCAAGGAUGACGCUGGCUUUUCAUCCUCGAGGGCGCCCCUUCUUGCUUGUGCGCAAUUCUGGUCUAUUUCUUCUAUCCCAACUUCCCCGAAGCCAGCAGCUGGCUAUCAGCUGAGGAACGCGCUGUCGUUGCAAAGCGAAUCAAGGGCGUCGCGUCGCUGGGCUAUGAGAAAUUGACAUGGGCCUGGGGCGAAGGCGACCCUCAUGGAUUGGCGGCUUUAUCUGCACCACGCGUUGAGCAUCUCGUACUCAGUGGCAUUCUCGAGCAUCUCGCUCUUCACUCCCACCAUCGUGUCAGGCCUUGGAUUCGAGGGUCUAGUGGCGCAGCUCUUCACCGUUCCACCGUACGCCAUUGCGUUUGUCGUCACUCUUUUCAUCGCGUGGCAGGCAGACAAGCGAGUCCAAGGUGUACUCCCUUCACAUGCAUUCAAGGCCCGGUAUGGACUGCUCUGUGUCGCCGUCCCCUUCACGUUUGCCAUCCAGCCUCUCCUUCUCAGCUGGCUCACUGCGAACCUCCGAAGCACCGACGCCACCAUGCUUGCUUUGCCACUGAAUAUCUCUAUUGGUCAAGCAGGCCAGAUUGUCGGUAUCUACAUCUACAAGAGCUCUGAGGCCCCAGGCUAUCCAACGGGACAUUUCACGAACGCUGCCUUCCUCCUUGCUGGAGCUGUCAUUGUCCUCCUGCUACGCGCCAUAUACACCCGACGCAAUCGAUCUCUGUCUGUAGCCGAUCGUAAAUGGCAGCUCUGAGGUUCCAAACACUGCCCACUCGCACUAUGUACAUCACUGAGCUCACUGCUCUUCCAACCCGUCCUUCGACUCCGAAUAGCGCGCAUAGACGGAGCAGAUUUAUCGUUUGUCAGUUUGACAUCACAUUCUUCUGAGUCUGCGCGCC